GACGAAAGGAAAGAAACUCCGGGGAAAGAGAGAGAAAAGAAAAUAAAGAAAAGCAAAAUAAGAAACCAGAGAGAGGAAGAGGAGAGAGAGGGCCAGUCGUGAGAGAGGCAUCGAAGAUGGUCGAAGAGAUCCUCUGAGAUCAUCCUGCAAAGAGGCAGUAAUAGAAAAAUAUUUGAUAUUCUUGAAAAAGCUUUUGCAGUUUAAUUUAUUUAAAAAAUUAUUAUUUUUUCAUUGCUGCCUUUUUGAGUCUCUACCUGUCUAUCUUCCUCCCACCUAUCACCAGCCCAUUACAUUCCCUCCCUCGUCUUGAAGAAGGUUUCUGAUUUGGAAAGAAAAAAAAAAAUCUAUCAAAUUACACCAGAAUUGGAAAUUUGCCCUCAGGGGAGACUACACCACCUUUUUUUGCUACUCCUUCAUGUUCCAAUUCAUUUCGUGGAGAUAUAUAACCCGCUGAGCCAGGUUAUGUACAUUUUGGAGGAACGGGUGUAGAAAAAAUUUAUUAAAGCAGAGAUGAGGGACCCUGAUAUUAUCAUUAUUGACAAAUGUGAAGACUUUGCAUUUCCUUGUAAUAUAGUGUUGUAUAGUUCUUUGUAAAUCGAAACAUAUACUCAGGUAUUACGAUAGUUGUGUUACUUUCGUUAUUGUUGUGAAUUGAAGGGGCGGUCUUGAAUAGGAAACCUGGCGAUAUUGUAUUGUUGUAGCUACCUCCAGUGCCAUAAUUGGUUCAUCAAGCGAUGGGGGGUAGAUGGAACCCAAAUGGAUUCCAGUUAUGUUUCUUGGUUCUGAUUCUGGGUCUUGAAAUUCAAGGUUCUUGGUCACUUAAUGAUGAGGGACUAAUUUUGUUGGAAUUUCGUGCAAAAGUAAGUUCUGAUCCUUUUAGUGCAUUUGCUAACUGGAAUUCUCAUGAUAAUAAUGCUUGCUUAUGGUCUGGCGUUCAAUGUGUGGAUGGUAAAGUUCAAAUGUUAGAUCUGAAUGGGCUGUCUUUGGAAGGGACAUUGGCACCUGAUAUUGGCAAACUCAGUCACUUAAGAUCUCUUGUGCUAUACAAAAACUGUUUUUCCGGUGCCAUUCCUAAAGAGAUUGGAGGACUUACCAAGCUAGAACUUUUAGACUUGAGGGAUAAUAAUUUCAAUGGAACAAUUCCAGAAGAAAUAAGAAGAUUGCCAUCACUAAAAUGCUUGUUGCUUUGCAACAAUAAAUUUGAAGGCAGCAGUCUUUUGGAGAUCGGCAAGAUUAACUUCUUUUCUGAAUUGCAAUUUGAUGAAAAACUUGUAUGUGCUGCAGCCCCUGGAACUAAGUGUACAGAUAUAAAAUUUAGAAAUGGUGUGUGGCAGAACAGUUUGAAACACUUGAAUGGGGCUUAUUCAAUGAUAAUCCCACUUAAAGGAGCUGUUAUACGUUACCUAAAUGCCUUGCUGCUGCCAUGGUUCAAUCAUGGAAAUGACUCUCUGCAUCAAUUUGACAACAGUUGCUGUGAGAAGCCAGCCAGUUCAUCUGAGCCACAGAUGGUCCAACAUGUAGAAAUCCUUGUCAAUGUUGGACGUCGUAGACUACUUGAAGAGUCCAGUAACCUCCAAGCUGUACCUGCUGAUAGUGGGUCCUCUGAAGAGAUAAUUUUUUUACCAACUAUCCAUAGCAGUGGGAGUUUCCCAGCUAUACCAAAUGAACCUUCACCUGUGCCAGUAGCGUCACAAGCUCUGUCUCCACCAACAAGUGCUCCAACUAGUGAACAAUCUGGUGAAAAUACCUGGUUGUAUUUCUUGAUUAUUCCAUUUGUGGUUUCAUUCUUCAUUCUUGUCAUCGCCCUGCUGUGUCUUUGCCGUAAAAGAGGAGUCACAACUAUAGGUCCCUGGAAGACAGGACUGAGUGGACAGCUGCAAAAAGCAUUUGUUACAGGGGUUCCGAAGCUAAAUCGAGCUGAGCUGGAAACUGCUUGUGAGGAUUUCAGCAAUAUAAUUGACACUCACGAUGGUUGCAUUAUGUACAAGGGAACAUUGUCCAGUGGAGUUGAGAUUGCUGUUGCAUCAACUUUAAUUGCUUCUUCCAAAGAAUGGUCAAAGAAUGCAGAGAUGGCAUACCGGAAAAAGAUUGAUACACUAUCUCGGAUUAACCAUAAGAACUUCGUCAAUCUUAUUGGCUUCUGUGAGGAGGAUGAACCUUUCAACAGGAUGAUGGUGUUUGAAUAUGCUCCCAAUGGAAGCCUCUUUGAACAUCUUCAUAUUAAAGAAAUGGAACAUCUUGACUGGAUUGCAAGGAUGAGGAUAAUAAUGGGUGUUGCUUAUUGCUUACAAUACAUGCACCACGAUUUAAAUCCACCAGUGGCACAUUCGAACUUGAAUUCACAUAAUAUCUAUCUAACCGAUGACUAUGCUGCUAAGAUAGCAGAGAUCUGUUUCUUGCCACAAACAGCACCAAAGCCGAAGCACUCGUGUGAUCAUGACUCGGAGCAUUCUGUGUUGCCACCGCUGGCUGAUGUAGAGACAAAUAUCUAUUGUUUUGGGAUUCUAUUGCUUGAAAUCAUUUCUGGAAAGCUCCAAUACUCAGAUGAACAAGGGCCCCUUGAGAAAUGGGCUUCUGAAUAUUUAAGUGACAAGCGUAGUAUCAGCUACAUGAUCGAUCCAACCCUUAAGUCCUUCAAAAACAAUGAGCUCGACGUCAUCUGCGAGAUUAUCCAAGAAUGUAUACAACCAGAUCCAAGGCAGAGACCAACAAUGAGGGACAUUACUACUAAGUUAAGAGGAGUCAUUCCAAUAACACCUGAUCAAGCGACUCCAAGACUUUCUCCGCUAUGGUGGGCCGAGCUCGAGAUAUUAUCCGUUGAGGCAACUUAAGUUCUUUCUGACUCUCUUCUCUGUAUUUUAAGUCUGUCACACUCAAAUGCCAAAAAAGACUAGCUUUUUCAGGUGCUUCCUCCCCACAUUAAUGAAUUACCAUCAGUACACAGCUUUGACAUCUUUUUUUUUUUUUUGGCUCAUUGUUCUGUAUUUGUCUCAUAAUUGAUUGUAUUCAAUUUUUCUUUUUUUUAUUUUUCUUCUUUCUUUUCAUUUCUCCCUAGCACAUCCAUCAGAAGGAGGGUGUAAUAUAUUUGUCUCUUGAUGGGGUAUUGUGCUACCAGUUGGUACAGGAUGAUAUAUGUAUUUCGUGAUUCAAGUUUGUGGUGUAAAAAACUAACUUAGCACUAGGAUCUCACUCCUAGUGAACUUAUUAAUUGUGAGCUUUUUAAUAAAUAGGCUGUUAGUGUUAUCAGGA